UCCAAUUAUAGAGGUAUUAAACUGCUCAGCUUUCCAGGGUGCUGAAAAGGAGGCUUCAGAUGAUUUGUAAAGCCUCAGAUUCUGGAGGAACAAUGCUGAUUCUGUCCAGGUCAUAGAUUAGUGGACCAGCUCUUUAUUAUUGCAAGUAUACUGGAAAGGUCAAAGGAGUUUAACCAUUCCGGUCUACAUGUGCUUUGUGGACUUGGAGAUAGCUUACAGCUGUGUUCUUUGGGGCGAUUUGUAGGGGGCACUGUAGGAAUAUGGUGUGCCAGAGAUAUUGCUACAUGUCAUCUGGUCCUUGUAUAAUUGGAAUGAGAGCUGUUUCUAUAUUAUCGACAAGAAGUCAAGUGCAUUCCCUGUUGAUUUUGGGCUAAGCAAAAAGAAGAGAUGCAAUCCUGAGGUCACCAUCCCAGGCACUCUCCACCCCUCAGCUGUGCCAAGAGAUUCUGUCCUUCAAUCCCUUAUUACUGAUUCUAGUUGUUAUUUUCAAGAACAGAAUCAAGGACACAGCAUACCAAUUUACAGAGUCCUAAAAAUGUUACUACUAUGGAUUUGGAUAGAAACUCAUAAAUAUCAAACAGUCUUUGCUGUAAAAAAAGGAAAGAGUGAUUUGUCUGUUAAGAGAAUGCAACUGAUAGUAACGAGCAAAGUCGAAGAUGAAUAAUCAUUACACACCUUGGUUUAGUGGCUGUUGACAGGUGAUUUCACCUCGUACUGAUUUCACCUUGUACUGUUGACCUAUUACCCAAUAGUUACCAGUUAACCGACAGCCAGUUCUCAGCAUGUCCAGUGUCCUAUGUGAAUGCCUUUAACGAAGCAGCAGCACUCAAACAAUGGAGAGUGACAAAAACAGACUCAAUCUGAAGAGGGAAGUUGGGAUUAUAGGAGCUGUGUCGUUCAUUGCUGGAACCAUGAUGGGAUCUGGGAUCUUCAUAUCUCCCCAGUAUGUGCUAUCUACUAUUGGCAGCCCUGGGGCCAGCCUGAUUAUAUGGACCUGCUGUGGGUUGGUGGCCAUGCUGGGGGGGCUCUGCUAUGCUGAACUGGGGACAGUCAUUCCAGAGUCUGGAGCAGAGUUUAUCUACAUUCUGCGGACAGUGGGGAAAGGGGUGGCCUUCAUGUUUGUCUUCAGCUUCAUCAUUGUCAUGAGGCCUGCCAGUGCCACAGGAAUCGCUCUGAGCUUUGCUGAAUAUGUUGUGGCCCCCUUUUACAAUGGCUGCACCCCUCCACAGCUGGUGUUGAAGUGCAUAGCUGCAGGAGCAAUUGUGGUACUGGCCAUAGUUAACUGUCUGAGCGUCCGCUUGGCCACACUUAUCCAGGUGGUGUCCAUGGUGGUCAAAAUGCUGGCACUGGCAGUGAUCAUCUUGGGAGGUGUUGUAAUGCUUUUCCAGGGCAACACCAGGAGCUUUGAUAACUCCUUUGAAGGAACAAAUGUUGGUGUCAGCUCCAUUGGCAUUGCUUUCUAUCAGGGCUUGUGGUCCUAUGAUGGCUGGAACACUUUGAAUUAUUUAACUGAGGAGCUGAAACAUCCAGAAGUAAGAGUUUCACAGUUUAUUAUUCAUAAAUUAAAUUGAGAGAUU